AUGGCUACCCCUAGUGUCCUAGCUUUUGACGCUGAGGGUCGCGCCAUUGAUUUUGAGGUCUGGUUAGACGACCUGCAGCUGUUCUUACAGUGCGACAGGGCUGACGACCUUUCUCUCUUUGAUCUCACCUCUGGCGCCUCUCCUGCUCCUGCUGCUGAUGCUGAUCCCGCUGUCCGCUCUAAGUGGGCCACCCGCGAUGCUGCUGCACGUCUUGCUGUGCGUCGCCACCUCCCUACCUCUGAGCGUGCGCACUUUAGUCAGUACAAGAGUGCUCAGACCUUGUACGACGCUGUAGUUGCGCGCUACUCCUCCCCUGCCACUGCUGCACUGAGCCUGACACUCGCUACCGCGCCGCCCUUCCUGCUGAGUUCUGCGCUAAGAACCCCCCCCCCCAUGUACAUCGCUCUCUACUACGUAGUCGCGCGCCUCCCUAACUCCCUUCGCGUCGUCAGGGACCACUUUCUCGCAGUCUGUCCCACCACCCUCACCGUCGACCUCCUCGAGAAGGCCCUCCUUGCAGCGGAGAAGAGCAUAGUUGCUGUAGGUGCUUCUCGUGGUGACCCUCGCACCCCCAUCUUUGAGGGGUGCUCUCCUUCCCCCUUGCUGCCCUCUGUUGCCUCUGCUGCUGCUGCCGACUUGCUUGGUCUUGAGUCGGUCGGCGCGGCGUCUGCCCCUAGUGGGAGACGUCGCUCCAGCAAGGGCAAGGGGGGCAAGGGCGCGGGUGGAGCUGGAGGGGGCGGUGGCGGUGGCGGCGGUGGCGGCGGAGGGAGUGGGGGUGGCGGCGGGACUAGUGGCGGGGGUGGUGGUGGUGGUGGUGGCAGCAGCGGCGGAGACGGUGGUGGUGGUGCCAGCGGUGGUGGUGGAGGCAGCGGCGGAGGUGGAGGCGGCGGAAGUGGAGGCGGUGGAGGCGGCAGCGGAGGAGGCAGUGGUGGUGGAGGAGGUGGAGCUGGUCGGGGUGGUACCCAGCAGCGUAGCGGCGGUGGUGGUGGCCAGCGCUCGCACCGGCAGCAGCAGCAGCGCUCGCGGGACAUCCCUUCGCCUCAGCAGCUUCGUGAGUGGGCUGGUGUAGCGAUCUUUGAUCUUGAUUUUGAUGCUAUCCUUACUGCUAUGUAUGUUGUGGAUUAUAGUGAGGAGAAUGAGGGUUACCGUUGUUUCCAGCCCGACCCGGGCAUUGGUACUGCUGCGCUAGGUGCUUGUGAGGCUGCUGCUCUAGGUGCCAGUGCGUCUGCGCUCUCAGGUACUGGUGAGACUGCGCUCUCAGGUACUGCGUCGUCCUCGUCCUCCCUCACUUUCACACUUGACUCCAGAGCUUCUCGGUCCUUCUUUCGAGACCGCACUACCCUUACGCCGCUCGGCCGGCCGGUUGCAGUCUCCCUUGCUGACCCCUCUGGAGGUCCUGUCCUGUCUCACUUCUCCACUGUCCUCCCGUGUCCGGCUGCCCCUUCGGGCACCCUGUCGGGUCUGUACCUUCCCUCGUUCUCCACGAACUUGGUGAGUGGAGCGGACCUGCAGGAUGGGGGUGUUCACCAGUUCACUCCUGCGAGUCAGCGCGUGACCCACUGCACGGAGGCACGCACAGGCCGACACCUGGCCACGUUCUCGCGUCGGCCGGGGUCGAGUCUCUACACCCUGACCGUUGAGUCUCCUCCUGUCCCUGCGUCUGGUCAGGUGGCUGCGUCGGGUCAGGUACUUGCUGCUGCGUCCCGGUCAGGUCCUGAGUCUGCCCCCUGUUCUUGUCGCCUCCUGUCUCACGAGACUCUCCUGUGGCACCACCGUCUUGGCCACCCCUCCUUGCCCCGUCUUCGAAGCAUGGCUUCCCGUGUCCUUGUCUCUGGUCUUCCCCAGUCUCUCCCUCCUCUCCCCUCCGGGCCAGGACCUUCCUGUGUCCCCUGUGUCGAGGGUCGCCUCCGGGCUACUCCUCACUCCUCCCACUUCCCCCCGACAGAGGCUCCCCUGCAGACGCUUCACAUGGAUGUGUGGGGCCCAGCCCCCAUCCGUGGGCAGGGUUACGAGCGCUACUUCCUGUUGGUGGUUGACGACUACUCGCGUUACACCACAGUCCUCCCCUUGCGCAGCAAGGGUGAGGUCACUGAGGUGCUGAUCGACUGGAUCCGCGAGGCUCGUCUCCAGCUCAGGAAGAGCUUCGGCUCGGACUUUCCUGUUCUGCGUCUGCACUCUGACAGAGGCGGAGAGUUCUCUUCUCGCCUUCUGCGAGACUACUGUUGCGCACGGGGGAUCCGCCAGACCUUCACGCUUCCGGACUCACCACAGCAAAAUGGGAUUGCUGAGCGCCGCAUUGGCAUGGUCAUGGAUGUCGCUCGUACGUCCAUGAUGCAUGCGGCUGCCCCCCAUUUUCUGUGGCCGUUUGCGGUGAGGUACGCGGCGCAUCAGCUCAACCUUCACCCCCGGGUCUCUCGGCCUGCGAUGUCCCCAGCCUUGCUGUGGACGGGGAAGGUUGGCGAUGCGUCCGUGUUCCGUGUCUGGGGAUCUCGGGCGUUUGUCCGCGACUUGUCUGCGGACAAGCUGUCCCCUCGUGCUGCUCCCUGUGUCUUCCUUGGCUUCCCCACUGACGCCCCAGGGUGGCAGUUUUAUCACCCCUCCUCUCGUCGUGUUCUGUCCUCCCAGGACGUCACGUUGGACGAGUCAGUCCCCUUCUACCGUCUCUUCCCCUACCGCACUCCUUCCCUCCCCCCUCCCCCGGACUUCCUUGUGCCGGUUCCCCCCCCGGUAGACCCCCUCCCCUCUCAGGUUCCUGCCCCCUCAGGUGUGUCCCAGGUAGACGCCGUUGACCCGGUCGAGGUUACUGGUGACUCUGGUGCUGCUGCGGGUGCUGAGCCUGGGGGUGCUGACUCUGGGGGUGCUGUGCGCGGGGGUGCUGAGCCUGGGGGUACUACUGCUGGGGGUGCUGGGCCUGAGGGUGCUACUGCGGAGGGUGCGGAGCCUGGGGGUGCUGAGCCUGGGGGUGCUGUGCCUGGAGGUGCUGGGUCUGGGGGUCCUGGGUCGGGAGCUGCUGAGCCUGGGGGUGCUGAGCUGAGAGCUGCUGAGCCUGGGGGUGCUGCGUCUGGAGCUGCUGAGCCUGGGGUUUCUCCUGCUGCUGCGUCUCGCCGGGAGCCCCUCUCUCCACAGGAGCUGCGCGAGUGGUUUGCUCGCCGCUGGAGGCGUGCUGCUGAGUCUGGAGGUGCUGCUGGAGCUGGAGCUGGAGCUUCUUCGACCGUCGAGGGUGCGGGUGCUGCCGGUCCCGGAGCUGCUGGACCUGCGGGUCCUCCUGGAGCUGGAGCUGCUGAGGGCGCUGGUGCUGAGCCUACUGCUGUUGGUCCUGCCGCUGGAGGUGUGGGUGGCGCUGGUGCUGUCGCUGAGGGUGCUGGUGCUGUCCCUGCUGCGUCUGGAGCUGCCGCGCGGCCUCGGCCGUACUUCGUUCCGCUCCUGCAGCAGGUUCUUGGUCUUUCUCCUCCAGUAGAGGGUCCACCGCCUGUCCAGUCGCAGUCCCUGCUGGAGCCUUCCUCUCCACUGCCUGCUCCCUCUCCUUACACUGGUCCUACUGGAGGUCUUGCUGAGCGUCGUGAGCCUGCGUCUCGUCCCGCGUCGCCUGUUCGUGCUGCUCGCGCUAGUGGUCGCAGUUCGCGUCAGCGUCCUCCUCCUGUCCCUGGCACGCACCGGAUGUCUUUGCGUCCGUCCACUGCUCCUCUGCGUGCCCCUUUGCCUUCUCCUCCUGAGUCCUCUCUUCCUGCGCUUGCCGACCCUGAGUCGGACUCUCUUCGUGCUGCCAGUCCUACUGUCACGCGUCUGCUUGCUACUGUCGUCACUGACCCCUCUUUUGAGUCCACUGCUGCGUCUGCUCUAGUCGCUGAGCUCGUCGACUUUGCUGCUCGCUGUCGUCUCGACUACGCUGCUAGUCUUGUUGCUGAGUCUGCGUCUGUCUGUCCUCCGUCUGUUGGGGGUGAGUGUGCUCUUGGCACGGACGUCCUAGAGGACAGGCAGGAGGAGUUACAGUGUCUAGCGGCUGCUUCACCUCAUCUCGCGUCUGUACUGCUUGCCCCUGAGGGAGACCCGGAUGCACUAGACAUCCCGACUCCGCGUUCUUACGCGGAGGCCGUAGAGGGUCCCUACUCCUCUCAGUGGCAGGCAGCUAUGGAUGCAGAGAUGGCUUCCUGGAAGUCCACAGGCACCUACGUUGACGCGGUUCCCCCUCCUGGGGCGAACAUCGUCAGUGGCAUGUGGAUCUUCAGGGUGAAGCGGCCGCCGGGCUCUCCACCUGUCUUCAAGGCACGGUACGUUGCUCGUGGCUUCAGUCAGCGGCAGGGAGUUGACUACUUUCAGACCUUCUCUCCCACCCCGAAGAUGACUACUCUUCGGGUGCUGCUGCACAUAGCCGCUCAGCGCGACUACGAGCUUCACUCUCUCGACUUCAGCACUGCGUUCUUGCAGGGUAGCCUGCACGAGGAGAUCUGGCUUCGCCGUCCACCUGGCUUCACUGGGACUUUCCCUCCUGGCACCCAGUGGAGCCUCCGACGGCCAGUCUACGGUCUCCGUCAGGCACCGCGUGAGUGGCACGACACACUGAGGACUACGCUUGCGGCUCUUGGGUUUGCUCCUUCUACUGCUGACCCGUCGCUGAUUCUUCGCACCGACACUUCCCUGCCGCCGUUCUACAUCCUCAUGUACGUCGACGACUUGGUCUUUGCCACAGCGGACACUGCUGGACUCGCCUACGUGAAGUCCGAGCUGCUGAAGAGACACACGUGCACAGACCUGGGUGAACUGCGCAGCUACCUUGGUUUGCAGAUCACUCGGGACAGAGCACGCCGCACCAUUACCUUGACUCAGUCACACAUGGUGCAGCAGGUCCUUCAGCGCUUCGGCUUCACGUACUCCUCGCCUCAGGCCACUCCUCUGCCUACUCGCCACUCACUCUCAGCUCUGCCUUCGGAUGAGUCCGUAGAGUCGAGUGGCCCGUAUGCAGAGCUUGUUGGCUGCCUCAUGUACCUGAUGACCUGCACACGACCUGACCUUGCAUACCCUCUGAGCAUUCUUGCUCGCUAUGUUGCUCCUGGGAGACACCGACCAGAGCACAUGGCUGCAGCGAAGAGGGUAUUGCGCUACCUGUGCAGCACGUCGGGCAUGGGGCUAGUGCUUGGAGGGCGGAGUCCAGUGGUCCUUACCGGCCACGCGGACGCUUCUUGGGCUGACGACCAGGCUACGCAGCGGUCGUCACAGGGUUACACCUUCAGCCUUGGUUCCGGCUCUGUCUCGUGGCGGUCUACUCGCUCGUCUUCGGUUCUCGGCUCCAGUUGUGAGGCUGAGAUCUACGCCGGGGCCAUGGCUGCACAGGAGCUUCGCUGGCUCACCUACCUGCUGACUGACCUUGGAGAGCCGCCUCGUUCUCCUCCAGUGCUGUACGUAGACAACAAGGCCAUGCUGGCCUUGUGUCGAGAGCAGCGCUUGGAGCACAGAACGAAGCACAUUGCUCUCCGCUACUUCCUUGCUCGUGAGCUGCAGCAGCGUGGUCAGUUGCGACUUGCGUACGUGGCCUCUGAGGCCAACACUGCUGAUGUGUUCACCAAGGCACUCGCGCCUUGUGACCAUCAGCGCUUUUGCACCCAGCUGGGUCUUGUGCCUGUCUUGCCUCACUUGCUCUCCUCUUGA